CGCGCCGCGCAUGGCGAUGACGUCAGAGUCACGAGCCUUUAGUGAGAAAGUGAAAGUGAUCGCGAGCUUCGGUUCGGUACUGAGAUCACUGUGGGAUAAAGUGUCAGGAGGCUGAAAUGUACACGUAGGAUGCGGUUCUUAUGUCCUGAUUUCUGAUACCUGAUCUCUCCUGUGUGGUACUGAUGGUGUUGUCAUGUCUGCUGCACCAUGCAGUCCUGCAGCAUCCAUCACUGUAUACUGUUCUCCUUCACCCUCACGUUGAGCACAGUACCUGCACUGGCUACAGUCACUCCUGUAACAGUGAAGCUUCAUCAGUCUGCUAAACUCCUGUGCAAAGGAAAAUGUUCUGGUGUGGUCAAAUGGACAAUGUUCCAUAAUCCAGACAAUGUUCUGGCUCAGUGUGAUCAGACGUCAUGCAGCUCAGUGGAUGGAUAUAAAAUGUUUCAUGAUGAGUAUGUGAAGGGGGAUCUCUCUCUCACCAUCACUGCAGCUGAUUACACUCACAGGGGUUUAUAUACCUGUAACUGUAACAGCAUGGACAUUCGUGAUGUGCGUCUCAGCAUCGAGACUUUAAAAUCAUCAGUUGAGUUAAACCCUGGUGAGGAUCUGCUGAUGGAUUUACCUGUACCACAGCCACUGGAGGUGAUUUAUAAACCCAAAGAUUCAUCAGGGUUAUAUGGUGAACAGAUCUGUACAGUGGCUCAUCAAAUUCUACAGUGUAAAGCUGAAUACACACCCAGAGCAUCACUCAGUUACCCCAAUAUCACACUGAGAGACAUUGUCAUCACAGACAGUGGCAUUUACACCAUCCGGGACGCCAAGAAUGAUGAAGAUAUUCAUAUAUACACACUCACUGUGAGAGGGGCCAGAGUCUAUAUAAAGCAGAUAAAAAGCAGGUCAUUACAUUGCAGAAACAACAUCCGGAGACUAAAGUGACACUCUCACUUUCAUCAUACAAAGAGAACACAAGCAAAAGUGUGAAAUUCAUAACGCCAUGCCGUUCUGCAGCAUUCAUCACUGUGUCCUGCUCUUAAUCAACCUCAUCUUCACCACUGUGCCUACACAGGCUUUCACGUCUGUAAUGGUGAAGCUGAACCAGUCUGCUGUUCUUCCCUGUGAGCAGGAUUGUUCUGGUUUCGUCAGAUGGACUGUGGCUGAUGAACCACAUGAAAUUGUGGCUCAGUGUAAUUACACUUCAUGCUGGUCUAAGAAAGGAUUUAAAAUCUCUCAUGAUGAGUAUUUGAAAGGAAAUCUCUCUCUCAAUAUCACUGCAGUUGAUUAUAGUAACAGGGGUUUGUACACAUGUGAACGUGAUUGUAUAAAUAUAAUCAACACUGUACGCCUCAGCAUUGAACUGAGAACAUUAUAUAUCUAUCUGAAGCCUGGUGAAGAUUUAUUUCUGGAUGUGCACAUGCCAGGCCCAAAGGAGGUGACUUAUAAAAGUAAAGAUUCGACUGAUGAAUAUAGUGAACCGUUCUGCUCUGUGAUUCAACAAUCACUACAGUGUAAAGCUGAAUAUACACCAAGAGUAGCACUGAGUGAUGUAGAUCUAAUCCUGGAGAACGUAACACUGUCUGAUAGUGGAGUUUACUCUGUCUGGGACAAGAACAAUAAUGACAUCAAUCUCAAUUAUAUUGUCUCUGUCAAACGACCUCAGUUUCAAUAUUCUACAGUGAAGCACCAUGGUUCUGUUACUCUCCCUUGCACAAGGAAUUGUUCUGACUUGGUGAAAUGGACUCAUCAAGACAGUGUUGUGGCUUGGUGUAAUCAGACAUCCAGGCCAUGCCACUCAGACGAGGGAUAUAAAAUGUCUCAUGAUCAGUACAUAAAGGGAGAUUUCUCUCUUACCAUCACUGAGGCUGAAUACAGAAUGAGGGGCAUAUACGCUUGUAAAUGUAAUAACAAGGAUAUCAGUGUUUAUCAUGUGAUCAUUGAGGCUGCAAACUCAUCAGUUCAGCUAAAGCCUGGUGAAGAUCUGCUCAUGGAUUUGCCUACACCAGAUACAGUGGAGGUGACUUACAAUGAAACUGUGAUAUUUCCUAAUGAUCCAAACAUUAAAUCUGAACAAACACACAGGCUCUCAAAUGUUCUUAAACUGGGAGAAGUGAAGCUGAAUGAUAGUGGAGUUUACAUCGUCCAGGACAUGAAAACUAAAGAAGUUCUUUACAACUACACUGUGUUUGUGACAGGAAACCAAAGUCCAGGCCAUAAUUCGUCAUAUGAGGUGAUUUUUGAAACUAUAGCACUGGUGGAGUUUAUAAUAAUAAUAAUACUAGGGUUAUUUUGCUACAAAAAAAAAAAUAAUAAUGACAUGCUGCCCAGUAAGGUACAGUGAAAACCUCACAGACCCAUCAACAAGUGGUCAGCUGUUAAAUGGACAAAGAGAAUAAGGUUUUUAUAGAUCACGUGUUUUGGUACUUUUGUAUUUUCUAUUGUCUGUUUUCUCAUGCAAAUAUAGUCUAUGUGUUUACUUAAAAACAGCUUCUUGAAUAUGCAUCCACUUUUCUUGUAUUACAUGACAGUCAAAAAAUGCUUUUUUAAAAUGUUAACAUUUUUUAUUGUUUAAGCUGUAAAUCCUCCUCCCACACACUUUAAACACACACAGAAAACAUUUGUAAGAAUACAGCAAAAUGAAUUUAGUGUAAACUGGUAGAAAUACACUUCACUGUAUAACAUUUAUAGCACAUGUACUAUACAGCAUACAGUUGUGUAGUAGUGAAGCUUGUUGUUGUUUCUCUUCUUGUUUAUUGGUUUAAGUGUCCUAUGAUGUCAAAAAAGAGGCGGAGUUUAAGACACUUUCCAUUCUUUACUUUCUGUAGUUUUUACACUUUUCAUUUUAUUAUUAAUAACUAUUUUCAUUAACACAUUUUAGUAUUUUAACAUAAAACUCCCUAUGGUUUGGUAUCUCGUGCUCUCUGCAGGACAUCAGGGAAAUCAGCCAAACAUUAGUUUUGUGGCAAAUGCGAUAAACCGUGGCGCGAGAUUCCAACCGCGGUAAAGCGGGAGAUUACUGUAAUAUAUACACAUACAC